UGUUCGAUCACAGAAAAAUAGUGAAAGAAUGAUUGAAUGUUGAUAAACAAACUUCCGCUGCGCUGCGAUGACCUGAGCUGAAAGGUCAGAAGCGGUGAUAAUGUAGUUUUCUUCCCCUAAAAGUCUUUUCGGGUUUCAAUUUCUUUUAAAUAGAUAAAAAGGUACUUCAAAUUAAAUAUUCAUAAACUCGUUGAAAUAACAGCAGUGAUAAAAUUCUGCUGUGGGAAAAAUUAUUGUUCAAGUUCCAGUUAGUAUCUCAUAACAGACAUAUCAAAUAUAACGAAAAAUAAUGGAUGGUGAUAUUAUAACCCCUUACCGUAAAAAAUAGAAAUUUAUAACUGUUUUGGGUUUGUUGUUGUAGUUAAACGGCAACGAAAUUUGGAAUUGCGAAUGGUCGCUUCAGCAUUCAAGUUAUUAUGGUGUGAACACACACACACAAAAUAAAUAAAUAUGCCGCUUUUCAUAAAAGGAGUCAAAGUUGAAAAAGUGCCCACUGUCGAUGCUUUUGUUGUGACAUACUCACACUUCAAGGAAUCUUCCCAAGACCUGCUGGGUCAACAAAUACGGGAGGUAGGUCCCAAAGGGCUGCUGUAUAUUGGACAGAGAGAGGUGGCUGGCACAAGUCCUGCAGAUGAUGUCAUCUCUGUCCUGGGUUCCGAAGAUGCUACAACAUGCCAUAUAGCAGUUCUAAGGCAUUCAGGAUCAGGUGCAACAAGCUUGAUACACUUUGAUGGCUCUUCUAUACCUGAAGGACUUGACACUAUGGUUUCCUUAGUAAAGAAACAGACUGCAGACUUAUCAUCAGGCAGAUUUGAGGUACACCUUGUUGGAGGUUUCCUUGAUCCACGUCAUAAUUCUCAUGAAGUGUCGGACGAAGUUUUAGACGCUAUGUGCAACAACCCCAAUGAUCUUCACCUUGUGACUGCCUGCAUCACACAUUUCAACACUACAUAUGAUGAGAAAGGAGUACCAUUUCCUGUGAUUUAUGGUAUAGCAUGUGAUGUGAAGACGGGUGAGAUUUUCCGAGCCAAAUUCACAGACAAAGGUCCAGAUCAAAGUCUGAGAAGUGCCAGACACUUCACAGGAGGCCGUGAGAACAUUGUGAUCUAUGACAGUGAGUCAAAGCAGCUUGCGAUUGGUCCGUUUGGCUAUGAUCAACUUUCCAAUCUAGAUGUCUUCUUGUCCAUGCCCAAUAAGGCCAUCCGUCAAUAUCUGUCCACAUCACCAGCCCAGGAGCCUGAGGGCUUUGAAGAGAAUGUCAGAGCUUCGCUGUUGCAGAUGAAGAACUUUCCCAAUCCCCUCAGCUCGUUUUUCUCCAAUGGGAAGCCAAGAACAUACAAAAAGGACCCAGAGACAGGGGCAUGGAUUUUGGUUCAGUGAUGUAAUGCAGACUGUGAAUUUUGUUUGUUUCCUGUAGUUUCAGUUGUAAUAUUAAUACUAGUUAGAUCUCUCCGUCUUUCAGUUUCUGAUGCCUUUUCAAAAUAUAAUUUGCAAGGUCGGCUGAGCUGUCCUGAAGAAAAGUUUACUUUCUCAUAAAAAGUUUUUAAAAGUUACCUCUAAGAGGUCCGUCAAAUUUUCAUAUAUAUAUAUAUAUAUAGCUUGUGUUCAUGUUACGUUAAAACUUGAUUAAGUGUUCAUUUUUAGGUAUACAGGAUGGACCCAGGGUAUCAUGAGUCUAUUGACAUGAUAUUGUUGAAAACAAUGCUCAUUCAUAUUCAUACUAUCAUACUGACUUGUCGUUGUACAGCAUGUUUUCUAAACUUACUUAUGUAAAGUAGGCUUGGCUUCUUCCUCUUCUUCAUUCUAAAUAACUGUCACCAUCAAUCAGAUGGUGCACAUAAACUAUGCCGUCUGCUUUAGAUACAAUAAGCUGUCAGUUUUCUCUCCAGUGGUGUAGCAUAUUGCCAUGUCUAUGCUCUUAGGGUUAAAGGUUGGGAAAAUCUAGACACAUUUUUGUAAAGCUAGCAUUUAUUAUAUUUUCCUCUCUAACUCUUACUUUAAAGUUGGAUUUUUUCCAUAUUCUCCUUUCUGCGACUAGUUGCUCAGCCUCUUCAUAGCUGCUGAUCUAUAAUAUAGGUCCCUCAUCUUUUUAAGUGCUGUUUUAAAAGGUAAGAAAUUUCUUCUUUUUUUAAAAUGAGAUUUUUCCACUUUUACUUUUACGUCAUACUUUUAGUUAUAGUCAGCAUGUUUAUCCAUAGGUACCUGUAGCAAUAUGAACGUUGUCUAUGGAGCAAUUAAUAGAGCAGCAUUGGCCAUAUGGUUCCCUAAAUUUGAUUUUUAAACUCAGUGCUUGAACAUGUAGGUUACGAAGGGUUGUCAGUUUUUUCUCUUUCCAGCUUUCAUUUUCACUCUCUUUUAUUCCAUAUUUGAUAGACUUGCAAAUCAUAACACGAUGUAAUAAACUGUUCUGAUGUAAAAUGUC